UAACAUAUAUAACAAGAAGACUGUAAAAUAAAGUGUUACCAAAAAUAAUGGUAUUAUCUUGCAUUAUUAUUGCAAAUGGUCUGAGUGAAAUGUGACCUGGCCAUAUUUUGUGAGAUUUACACAUUUACAAAUGAUCAAUUAUUUUUUUAGAUUAUGCAUUUAAGCAUUUAGGUUUUUACAAACCUGGUCUUUGUUUUAUUGUUCUUGGUGUGAGUGGGAUCAGUCAGUGAAUUGUAUUGCAAGGUCUAAAAACAGAGCUUGAGUUUCUGCCAGAAGUGUUGAAGAGUGUAAAUACUUGCAGUCAAGCCAAGAAAUGCCAUCAUUCAGAAGAUGAUCCUGGUGUAACAGCUCAUCUAACGUUUCACAGACACGGCUUAUACAUUAAAAGUGCUCAGACAGAAGGGACACAAACAAGUCUUUACCUCUCCCAAUCUAUUAAAGACGUGUAAACGCAAUGAAGAAUUGUUAAGCAUGUGACCCGGCCCUGAAGACCAGAGGAGAGUGAAUGAAUGUGGCAACCUGAAGAACAAGCUCUGAUGAUCCAAUCAUAAUCACUGAAUUACUGGAGACUCGGUUUUCUGAGAGGACAUGAAUAUUCUUGGCACUACAUUAGUUUUUAUUGCAUCCCUCAGUGUCUGUCUAGGGUUCUUCCUGCAGACGUCGGAGGUCCAGGUGAUUCUCGGGGAAAGCGUGAUCUUGCCCUGCAAUGGUUCGGGAUUCCCUGUGGAAGAGCUGCAGGUUCACUGGGAGGCGAUGGGAAAAGACGUGAUCUCUCUGAGCGAAGGCGUCAUCACGGUCGGGAGGGCGUUUGAAGGGCGGGUCAACUUCCUCAAGGAUCCUGCCGAGUCUAAGGACUUUUCCCUCGUUCUGUCAGAUGUGAUGCCGAACGAUGGAGACGUAUACGAAUGUCUCUGGGAGGGAAACAAACCCAUUUGCUCUGUAUUACUGCAUGUGUUGAUGGACCCAAAGCUGUUCUCUGAUCAUGUUGAAGCGUUUGAGGGUGAGGAUAUCACUUUGGAGUGCUUUGGCAAUAUCCCUAAAAAUAAACCAUGGGAAGACAUCUACAUCCAGUGGCUGAAAGAUGACAAAGAAAUUCUGCGAUUGAGCUCUGGAAAGAUGGACGUCAGUAUUGAUUACAGCAUCAUCGCAUUACCGCCCAGACACGACAUCUGUCGCGGUGUCUUCUCACUGACCAUCAUGUCGGUGAGUGUUUUCGACCAGGGCGAUUAUCAGUGCCGUUACAAGAGCACCGAUUACGAGGCGCCGCGGAGCGGAUUCCCGGAGAGACACAUGCUCAUGGUUUGGGUGGCGUCUUCAGGGAUGACAGACCUCAUGGACUCAGUCUCCAGUGCCAGCGUGACCUCUCACACUCACACGAGCACAAGCGUGCCAACUUGGACGGCUGUUGCGAGCAGUCAAACUGAAGCGGGCCGCACGGCACCAGCUCACGCAUAUGCUGCCAGCACUCAAACUGAAGUGAGCAGCACAGCGCCAGAGAGAGCUGAAGAUUUGUCAGCCGUCCCUGAGGCAGGCACCGUUUCUGGUCAGCGUGAUCCUCUCGAGUUCCUCUCGGAUGAGAAGACUCCCUGGAUCCGCAUCGGACUCAUCAGUGGAGUUCUGCUCGUUACCGCAGUCGUUCUGGGAUUAUUGCUGGUAUCUGGAAGAAUCUGAGUUGUCGAGAGAAAAGUAAUGAAGGGAUUUAUGUUUCAGACAUUUCCAUUGCAGUUUUGUGAGCUGUGAAAAUGUACAAGUUGCUUCAACAAAAUAUGAUGUAUUUUUUUAAUAUACCUUGUCUUAUUUGUGGAGCUCAACUGUUUACUUACAAUACUCAAUGCUAUUUAAUACUUGGCAAAUUUAUCUUAAUAUCCUAAAAAUCCUGUAUAUCACACACAUAUAUAUAAAAAUUAAAAAUGCGCUCUGGCAUUGUUUUAAUAACUAAACCUACAUGUUCCCUGAAAAAAUAUUAAAUAUUUUGUUACUUUAAUUGGUGAAUCUUUGAGUAUGGUGCUAUUCAUUUAUUUAUCUUUAAAUGGUGCUGUUAAUUUAUUUGUAUGCUCUUAAAGUAUUUCUAGUUUUUGAAAUCUGAUGUCAUUUUUACCGUCCUUUAAAGCAUGAAGAAAAAUAUAGUUAUGCAGAACUCACAUGUUGUCACAAAAUAAACUGGACAGUACAUUUGUUGAAGGCAUUCUGACAUUAUAAACUACAUACAGCUUCAGAUGAGAUCUGCAAAAAUGUAAAAUCUUGUGCAUGCAAUUUUUCUUUGGUUUGUUCGAUUGCAGUUUGUAUGUUGAUGUGUUUCGAAUGCUGAUCAACUGAAAAGAGUUUUAUGCAUUUUGUACGUGGAAGAUUAUCUUUAACAAAUACUGCAACAUUGUAAUUUUUGUCAAACUGACCGGACACAAUAAAGAGCAUCAUUUUCCAGUGA